CACAAGCUUUCGAAAAGUUGAAAAGCUCUAUCGUUUUGAAAUGAAAUACUAAAAUAUAGAGAAAUUUCUCCAAUUUUAAAAUGCCGAUUGCGGUUAAAGAUUACUCGUGGGACGAAACAGAGACUUUGGUUCAUGUGGUAGUCCCGUUAAAAGGUGUCAAAGCCAGUAAAGCGGAUAUUUUUUCGACGGACGAUUAUCUGAAAGUGAACUUCCCACCUUAUUUAUUUGAAGUGGUUUUAUUUGAGGGAGUUGAUGACAGCAAGAGUGAGGCACAAGUUGGCGAUGGUGUCAUUACCUUCACCCUACAGAAGAAGGAAGCCGGGUUGUGGAACCGUCUCAUUUCCAUUAAUUCUGAUGACAAGGAGUUGAUGAAGAGCAAGAGGCAGGCAGCCAUCGAUGCAGCUCACAAGAAAGCUCAGGAGGAGACGAGGCGAAAGGCUGCUGAGAAACAAGGGAGAGAUAGGCUGGCUCUCAAGGAGCAAAUGAGGUUGGAGGAAGAAGAGAGAAGUCGAGUUGAAGGAGUGAAGGAAUCAGAGAGACAGAAAGCCACCAGCGAUUUUGAAGAAUGGAAAUCGAAGGAGCUUGCAGCCGAGAAGCAAUUGCAGAUGGAAGAAGAAGAAACACUAAAGUCAAGCCCAAGAAUUAUGUCAGAUGCAGCUGAUAUAUUUGAUACAGAAGAUGUGGUACAAGCUCCUGUCAUUUUAAAUACAAGACAAGAAAACAACUCCAAGGUGACAUCAGGGAAGGACGUACCACCACCCAGGUCAUCAGCGAGCAUUCAAGUCACCUUCACACCCAGGGUCUUCCCAACCCCUCUCAGAGAAUCCAAAGUGGAAGCAGAAGAAGAGUGGUUAAGAAAGCAAGCAGAGGCAAGACGGAUACCAGAGAUCGAUGACCCAGACUUAAGUGAAGAAGAGAAAAAUCCUGUCUGGCUCAAAGACAAAGGAGACGGUUUCUUCAAGUCAGGGAACUACCUAGCGGCCGUUAAUGCAUACAACCUGGCCGCAAGACUAGACAGUAAAAUGCAUGCCGUGUAUUCCAACAGGGCAACUUGUCAUCUGAAAUUGAGGAAUUUCAUAAAGUGUAUUGAAGAUUGUUCAAAGGCAUUGGAUCUGCUAACACCCCCAGUAGAUGCAAACGCCAAGUCCAGAUUAAGAGCUCAUGUUAAACGAGGCACAGCAUUCUGUGAACUGGAACUGUACAUUCAAGGUUUACAAGAUUACGAAGCAGGACUUAAACUUGACCCUAAGAACGAACAGCUCAAAGCAGACUCGGACAGGAUUCGAACCAUCAUCCAGAGCACUGUGGACUGAAGCAACAAACAUCUGGCACUUGAGGUGGUUCACUUUGAUUAUUGUCAUGCCUUGCAUUUACAAAUAGUUUGAGUUGAUAUUAAUAUUGGUUUUUACCCAUACACCGAUGUGUGUUAGCACUGUAUACUCAGUACUUUCCCGAGUCCUGUGUGAAAAAUAUCACAGGCAUGUUACUCGGGUGGGAUUCGAGUUUGAGUUGAACUCAGUUUGAGUUGGCCAGUAAUUGGAUGGAAAACCAUUUUGUGGCUAAUAGCUUGCCUGGGACACAAAAGGGCUCCUAAACUUCAAGCCUGCAUGUUUCAUGUGGACCAUAAUAAUGUAGUUCCUGUGCAAUCUGUAAUGCGAGUUUGAGUUGAAUUAAUGACCAAUUGUGGGAGCAGGCUUUGAACCUGCAACCUCCAGAAUAAGGUGCCAGCGCUCUACAGAAUCAUUAAAUAAAUUUAAAUAU